AUGGAAUUGUGUGCCAUAGACGACUCCUUCCAUGCCCAAGAUCCCCUGAAUGCCCUUGAUAUCCUGCAAGCCAUUGACCCCCUCAAUAUCCCCUUCAAUGCCCUAGAUCCCUUCAAUGCCCUAGAUCCCCUCAAUGCCCUAGAUCCCCUCAAUGCCAUUGAUACCCUCAAUGCCCUAGAUCCCCUCAACAAGCUAGAUCCCCUCCAUGUCCUAGAUCCAUUCAAUGCCUCAGAUCCCGUCAAUGUCAUCGAUCACUACAAUGCCCUAGAUCCCCUCAAUGCCAUUGAUACCUUCAAUGCCCUAGAUCCCCUCAAUGCCCUAGAUCCCCUCAACAACCUAGAUCCCCUCCAUGCCCUAGAUCCAUUCAAUGCCUCAGAUCCCGUCAAUGCCAUCGAUCAAUACAAUGCCCUAGAUCCCCUCAAUGCCAUUGAUACCCUCAAUGCCAUCGAUCCCCUCAACAACCUAGAUCCCCUCCAUGCCCUAGAUCCAUUCAAUGCCUCAGAUCCCGUCAAUGUCAUCGAUCAAUUCAAUGCCCUAGAUCCCCUCAAUGCCAUUGAUACCCUCAAUGCCCUAGAUCCCCUCAACAGCCUAGAUCCCUUCCAUGCCCUAGAUCCAUUCAAUGCCUCAGAUCCCGUCAAUGUCAUCUAUCAGUACAAUGCCCUAGAUCUCCUCAAUGUCAUUGAUUCCUUCAAUGCUCUAGAUCCCCUCUAUUCCCUAGAUCCCUUCAAUUCCCUGGAUCCCUUCAAUGCAAUUGAUACCUUCAGUGCCCUAGAUCCUGUCAACGACCCAGAUCCCCUCCAUGUUUUAGAUCCCCUUUAUUCCCUUGAUCUCCUCAAUGUUCUAGAUCCCCUUUAUGCCCUAGAUCCCUUCAAUGCCCUGGAUCAUUUCAAUGCCAUUGAUACCUUCAAUGCCCUAGAUCCCCUCAACGACCUAGAUCCCUGCCAUAUCCUCAAUCCCUUCAAUGCCUUAGAUCACGUCAAUGUCAUUGAUCCCUUCAAUGCCCUAGAUCCCCUCAAUGUCAUUGACUCCUUCAAUGCCUUAGAUCCCCUCAAUGUCAUUGUUUCUUUUAAUGCCUUUGAUCCCCUCAAUGUCAUAGAUCCCUUCAAUGCCCUAGAUCCCCUCAAUGUCCUAGAUCUCCUCAAUGACCUAGAUCCCUUCAAUGCCCUAUAUCUCCUUGAUGCCCUAAAUAUCAUCGAUGCCCUAGAUCCCUUCGGUGCCCUAGAUGCCUUCAAUGCCCUAGAUACCCUCAAUGCCCUGGAUAUCUUCAAUGCCCUAGAUCCCUUCAAUGCCCUAGAUCCGGUCACUGUCAUUGAUCCCAUCAAUGCCCUAGAUCCCAUCAAUGCCAUAGAUUCCCUCCAUGCCCUAGGUUCCCUCAAUGACCUAUAUUCACUCAAUGCCCUAGGUCCCCUCAAUGCCCUAAAUCCCCUCAAUACCAUUGAUACCCUCAAUGCCCUAAAUCCCCUCAUUGUCCUAGAUCCCUUCGAUGCCCUAGAUACCCUCAAUGCCCUAAAUCCCUUCGGUGCUCUUAAUUCCCCAAUUGCCCUUGAUCCCUUCGAUGCCCUAGAUCCUCUCAAUGCCCUGGAUCCCUUCAAUGCCCUAGAUUCCAUCAAAGCCCUAUAUCCCCUUAUUGCCCUUGAUCCCUUCGAUGCCCUAGAUACCCUCAAUGCCCUAGAUCCCCUCAAUGCCCUUGAUCCCCUCAAUGCCCUAGAUCCUUCCAAUAUAGAUCCUGUAUAA